UCAUCAUCAUCAUCAGCAGCAGCAGCAGCAGCAGCAGCAUCGGCAGCAGCAGCAGCAGCAACAGCAUCAGCAUCAGCAUCAGCUCUCUGAUCAGUGCAGAUCGUAUUGAUUGAUACAGAGGAGAUGUGGAGCUCGGUUCUGCCGCUGCUGGUCGGUCUGAGUCCAGCGGUUCUGUUCCUGCUGCAGCUUCCUGACUACACCGCCACACAGGAAGGACGCUGGCAGGACUACAAAUAUGGCCACCAUCAAGGCUCGGAGCUGCAGGACCGCAAGCCUUUCUGCUCCUGGAAAUGUCUCCUGUUCACCCUGCAGUGGCCCGGAGCCUUCUGUCAGUCUUUAGACAAAGAGACUCUCUGCACCAUCCCUCCGAACGUCAACAACUGGACGAUCCACGGCCUGUGGCCCAGUAAGGUGUCGCACUGCUGCAGCUGCUGGCCGAUGUUCCCGUCUGACGUCCAGGAGCUGGAGGCAGAGCUGACUGAACACUGGCCGUCCUUACUGAGAAAACAAUCCAGCUUCCACUUCUGGAGAGACGAGUGGGUAAAACAUGGUGCUUGUGCAGCGUGUGUUGAAGGAAUGAACUCUCCACUCAGAUACUUCCAGAUCUGCCUCAAACUACGAGGACAGUUUGAUAUCCACAAGUUGCUGGAGGACGCCAGUAUCACUCCGUCCUGUGAACGACCCUACAAGGUCGUGGAGGUCCAUCAGGUCCUGGCUCCACAUUUUGGAGACAAACAUGAGAUCCAGUGUGUUACAGACAACAAGGGCAGAGAGGUGUGGUUUCAGGUGAAGAUCCCGCUGUCUCACAACCUGACUGUCGGCUGCGAUCGCCACGGCGACACUGACGGGGACCCAGCGUCCAGGUCUGGCCCGGGAAGGAACUCCUCCCACGGGCAUCCCUGCCCCGAUCAGGACCCCUUCUACUACUUCCCCAUAAACCACCAGGAGCCACAGCGGCCCUGCGGCUAACCGAGCUAACAGCGCUAACAGAGCUAACCGCUGCUUCUUCCAGAUGUUACUGCUUCAACUAAACACAGUGAAAUGUUCGGACGGUGGAAACAGAGUACCAAAGAUGAUUUUAAAGUUUGUACCUGAACAGCUCAAACAAUUACUAAUAAAUACAUUUAAACAUU